AACCAUGGGGUCUUCAACAUUAGAGAAGAUCCUUUCUUUUGUUUCCUUGGUCAUGUUUGUUAUGUUGUUAUCUUCACCCAAUUCAGCUUCUGCUUUUGUUCAAGAAGCUAAAGCUCUCCUCAAAUGGAAAGCCAGCUUACAACACCAAAACAAUUCUGUGCUAAAUUCAUGGAUUUUUCCAUCUAAUUAUAAUGCCACAGUUUCUUCAAGCCAUCCAAAAACAAGUGUCAUCCCAUGCACUUGGUCUGGAGUUUCUUGCAGUAUUCAUGGAAGUGUCAGGAGACUAAACCUCACAAAUUCAAGUGUUGAAGGUACGCUCUAUGAUUUUCCAUUUUCGUCUCUCCCUCAUCUUGCAUAUAUUGAUCUCAGCAUGAAUGUUCUUUCUGGUACCAUCCCACCUCAAGUUGGUAAACUCUCAAAACUCGUCUAUUUUGAUUUGGCCAUCAAUCAUUUUUCCGGAAUAAUCCCACCACAAAUCAGAAAUCUGACAAAUCUUCAGGUCCUCCACCUGUUCCAGAAUCAGUUAAAUGGCUCAAUUCCUAAAGAAAUAGGCAAUCUAAAGUCCCUUUAUGAGCUUGCUUUGUACACAAACAAUCUUGAGGGUCCCAUUCCCACUUCUUUGGGCAGUUUGAGCAACUUGGCUAAUUUGUAUCUCUAUGAAAACAAACUCUCUGGUUCUAUUCCUUCAGAAAUGGGAAAUCUCUUCAAUCUAGUCGAGCUUGACAUAGAUACCAACCUUCUCACAGGUCCCAUUCCUUCCACUUUCGAGAACUUGAAUAAGCUAACUUCGUUGUACCUAUUCGAAAAUCAGCUCACUCAUCCCAUUCCCCCAGAAAUAGGAAACCUGAAAUCGCUUGAGAGUCUGAUCCUUUACGGAAACAAUCUUUCCGGCUCAGUCCCACCAUCCUUAGGUGAUUUAAGCUCCCUGACUGAACUGCUUCUCUUCGAAAAUCAACUCUCCGGUCCCAUUCCUAAAGAAUUGGGUAAGUUAAAGUCUCUCCAAGAUCUAGAGCUGAGUGUGAAUCGAUUCAAUGGUUCAAUUCCUGCUUCAUUUGGAAAUUUGAGCAACUUGGAGUUCUUGUUCCUCCGUGACAACCAACUCUCCGGUCCCAUUCCACAAGAAAUUGGGAAUCUAGAAAAGUUGGUCGUACUGGAAAUGGAUGAGAAUCACUUUUCUGGCUAUUUGCCUGAAAAUAUUUGCCAAAGCAGAAAACUGGAAAAUUUCACGGUAAACAAUAACCAGCUUACCGGUCCAAUCCCCAAAAGCUUGAGAAACUGUUCCAGCUUAUUCAGAAUGCGCCUUGAUGGAAAUCAGCUCACUGGAGAUGUGUCAAAAGUUUUUGGUGUCUAUCCAAAUCUUCAUUUCCUAGAUUUUAGUAACAACAGUUUUUUUGGUGAAAUCUCUUUUAGUUGGGGUCAGUACCCACAAUUAACUUACCUAAGGAUGGCAAGGAACAAUAUCACUGGACGAAUACCACCAGAGUUGGGAAAUUUAUCUCAACUUCAUCUAAUUGAUCUUUCUUCGAAUCAAUUAGUUGGGGAUAUUCCAAAUGAACUAGGGAAGUUGGAUUUAAUAAUCCUUGAUUUGAAAGAUAAUCAACUUUCUGGUGGUAUACCUAGAGAACUGGGAUCACUAGCUCACCUGUCGUAUCUUGACCUGUCCAUAAAUAGAUUGAGUGGGUCAAUACCAGGAAGUCUAGGAAAAUGCUUGCAGUUGCAUUACUUGAACUUGAGCUACAACCGUUUUAGCCAAAAAAUUCCACCUGAGAUGUAUAAGUUAGCUCAUCUGUCCACACUAGAUUUGAGUCAGAAUUUGCUCAUGGGAGAAAUAUCAUCGCAAAUUGAAAAUUUGCGGAGUUUGGAGGUGCUAAAUCUCUCCCACAAUAACCUCUCUGGUUUCCUGCCAGAGGCUUUUGAAGAAAUGCAUGGGUUGAUGUAUGUUGACAUAUCCUACAAUGGGUUUCGAGGUCCCAUUCCCAGCAACAAUGCCUUUAGAAAUGCUACCAUAGAGGCAUUACAAGGGAACAACGGUUUGUGUGGCAAUGUUACAGGAUUGAACCCUUGCAAAAAUGGCCAACACAUUGUGAAGGAAAGCCACAAAUUCAUUCGAGUUCUUAUAAUUGUAUUACCUUUUGUGGGAGCACUUAUACUUCUAAGUGCAUUCAUUGGACUCCUAAUCCUGUUUGAAAGAAGAAAAAGAAAAGCACCAAUCGAACAAGGCGACUUGCAGGAUGAAAACAAUCUGUUUUUAAUUUCCAAUUUUGAUGGUCGAGCAAUGUAUGAUGAAAUCUUAAAAGCCACCAACGAUUUUGAUGCCUCGUAUUGCAUUGGAAAGGGAGGAUGUGGAACUGUCUACAAAGCAAAAUUACGACCAGACAAUAUAGUGGCUGUGAAGAAACUUCACCCAUUAUCUGAGACAGCAGAUCAUAAAGGGUUUUUGAACGAGGUGAGGGCAUUAACAGAAGUACGACAUAGGAACAUUGUGAAGCUUUAUGGUUUCUGUUCACAUGCUCAACACUCAUUUUUGGUUUAUGAGUACUUUGAAAAGGGUAGCUUGGCCUCAAUAUUGAAUAGAGAUGCAGAGGCUGAAAAAUUGGAUUGGCCCAAAAGGGUGAAUAUCAUUAAGGGGGUGGCUCAUGCUGUGUCUUACAUGCACCAUGAUUGCUCACCACCAAUUGUUCAUAGGGACCUAUCAAGCAACAAUAUUUUGUUGGACAUCGAGUAUGAGGCACAUGUUUCAGAUUUUGGCACUGCUAAGCUUUUGAAGCUAGACUCCUCAAAUUGGAGCACACUUGCAGGCACUUAUGGAUAUGUUGCACCAGAGCUUGCUCUCACAAUGAAGGUAACUGAAAAGUGCGAUGUGUAUAGCUUUGGGGUAUUGACACUUGAAGUGAUCAAAGGAAAGCAUCCAGGAAAUUUCAUCACCUCGCUAUCGUCUUCAUCUAUUGAUCAGAACAUAAUGCUGAAAGAUGUGUUGGACCAACGCCUCUCAGCUCCCUCAACCGAAGGUGAAGAGGUGUUAAUAUCAAUUAUAAAGCUAGCCAUUGCAUGUUUAAAUGCCAAUCCACAAUCUAGGCCGACCAUGCACAAUGUCUCCCAGCUGUUGUCAACCCUAACAACAGCUUCCUAGAAUCAUCCAGCCCCAGUUACACGGUGUGGAAGGAUAGUUACUUAGUAGUAUAUUUUCUUUCUUCUCCUCUACCAAUCUUGAAACUUUGUCCUAGGACUUAGGGUUAAGAUCCAAAGCCACUAGGACAAAGGUAGACUAGUUAGUUAGAGUACUAUCAAUAUACUACUAAAUAAAAUAAAAUGUUUGCUCAACAUAUUUUGUUUCUUUUGUACCUUUUAGUGUGUUUUCUUUUUCCUACUCAGUAUCCAUAUGCACUUUGUAUCAAUAUAUUGUCAGCAUGUUUAUUCAACAUUGUCCUCAAUGUGCAUACAUAAGAGUUUGGACAUUGGUACUCAGUGGUUAACUAUUGUUUUGACCCAAGAUUAAAUGUUACAA